AGUGCCAAGGAGUUGAAUUUGGAAAAUGCUUUUGGCAUUCUUUUAGUUCGAUUUCGUUAGCGGCCGCCGACUGACGGAGCCGGAAAAAAAACGCCACAAACAAUUCCGAAAACCAAAAAGAAAAAUUGAAACUGUGCGAAUCGCAAAGACGCGUGUUUACAUUUAAUUUCCCUACGUGCUUAGGCCAAACAAAAUAUGUAAAAGCCAUUUGGAGGAAAACAAAAUAUACAUUUAUUUAUUUUGAGGAUAUAUAUUAGAAUAUGCAGAUAUAUAAAAGUGUGCGAGCGUGUUUUAUAUUUAAAUAGCGUGUAGAUAGCUUCAAUUGCCGCGCCGAGUGACGACGAACAAUUUUGAAAUUCCCAAAACGUUGAAAGCUGGAAAAACAAAUUUCCAAAUUUCAAAACAAUGCGGCAGUAUUUUCUUUUGUUUGGCGCGCUCAUCUCGCUGCUGGCCUCAGCUUACGGCAUCAGAUGCUACGCCUGCGAAUCCGUCUACGAGGCGAGCUGCGGCGAGGACUUCGAAGUGGAGAAUCAUUUCAAAUACGACUGUGCCUUCAUAGCCCCGCCGCGGUUUCUGGAGAACGAUCUGAGUAGUCCGAAUGCCACGGCCUGUUUGAAGCGGGUCUUCAGGGAAAAUGGCGUACGCAAGAUCGUUAGAGGAUGCUAUUUCGGCGAGGUAAAUGCCACUGAUGUGGGUUGCCGGAUGGAUCCCACACUGACCGCCGUCCAGAAUGCCACCUGUCAUGUGUGCGACAACGAAAACUACUGCAACGCAGCGGAUGCAGUGCAGCGUAAUCCGGUGGACAUGUGGAAAAUCGCCUCCAGUAUUUUAUUGUUUCUCUUGGCUACACAACUCCUUUGAUGAGAUGAUGGAUGCAGGCCCCGUGGAUCGAAGAAAAUGCAAAAUAAAAGGCACACAUCAUACACACCACCACACACAAAGCUUAGUUCAAUUUAGAUAGAUUUUCCAGAGUUCCCAAGGCACAUUUACCAUGUAGUAGCGCACCAGCCAUUUAGGACUAAUUAGUCGCAGAUCUGCCCCACUCUGUGUUAAUGGUCAAUCAGGAGGCAAACAGGGCGUAUGAGCAACAUUAGCUGACAUGAGCCGAAAAGCUGGCAAACAAAACGCGAACGCUAUACGAAUAGAAAACUAAUAAAAACUAAUUUUACACAGAA